UGUUGUUGGAGCGGACUCUGGGUGCAGAGUCCAGUCUGGAGCCGAACUCCGCUCCGCGAGUCUCCUCUCAGCUCCUCGCUGCUCCUCCGCCGUCAUGCACAGGCUGAAGAUCAUUUCCGGACACCUGAGUCUCGGCGGCUCGUCGAACUUCAGGCGGGACUUACGGAGGUCGGAUUGCGGCUCGGCGGCAGCGGCGAGCAGUCGCAGCUCCCCGGAGGACGUGGUGGUGGUUCACGGCCGCAGGACCGCGAUCGGAAAGGCCAAAAGAGGAGGCUUUAAGGACACCACGCCUGACGAGCUGCUGAGCGCCGUGAUGUCGGCCGUGCUGAAGGACGUCGGACUGUCGCCUGAGCGGCUGGGAGACGUCUGCGUGGGUAACGUGCUCCAGCCCGGCGCCGGCGCACUGAUGGCCCGAGUGGCUCACUUCCUCAGCGGCUUCCCUGAGUCGGUGCCCGUCUACACGGUGAACCGGCAGUGCUCCUCCGGCCUGCAGGCGCUCUUUAACGUAGCAGGAGCCAUCAGGAGCGGAGCCAUCGACCUCGGCCUCGCCUGCGGCGUGGAGAGCAUGUCGCUGCGAGGGAUCGGUAACCCGGGCGACCUGAGCUCCAGGCUGAUGGACAACGACAAAGCCAGGGACUGCAUCAUUCCCAUGGGCAUCACGUCGGAGAACGUGGCGGAGAGGUUUGGCGUCUCCAGAGAGAAGCAGGACGCCUUCGCGCUCCGCUCCCAGCAGAAUGCAGCGCGGGCGCAGAGGGCGGGUCUGUUCGACCGCGAGAUCGUCCCCGUUACCACCAAGUUUGUGGACGACGAGGGCAAAGAGCGUCAGGUGACGGUCAGCAGAGACGAGGGCGUGAGACCGGGGACGACGCCGGAGGGGCUCGCCAAACUGCGGCCGGCCUUCAAGCCCGACGGCAGCACCACAGCAGGUAACUCCAGCCAGGUGAGCGACGGCGCGGCGGCCGUCCUGAUCGGUCGCAGGUCUGCGGUCGAGGCGCUGGGUCUCCCGGUGCUGGGCGUCCUGAGGGCCAGCGCGGUGGUCGGCGUCCCUCCUGAUGUGAUGGGCAUCGGACCGGCGUACGCCAUCCCUGCAGCUCUGCAGCAGGCAGGACUCUCUGUGGAGGAUAUCGAUGUGUUUGAAAUUAACGAGGCCUUUGCAAGUCAGGCAGUGUACAGCGUGGAGAAGUUGGGGAUCCCGCCGGAGAAGGUGAAUCCGAACGGUGGCGCCAUCGCUCUGGGUCACCCUCUGGGCUGCACCGGCGCCCGGCAGGUGGUGACGCUGCUCAACGAGCUCAAACGCAGAGGCAGGAGGGCGUACGGCGUUGUGUCCAUGUGCAUCGGGACCGGGAUGGGAGCGGCCGCCGUCUUUGAAUACCCCGGAGCGUAGCUGCUCAGACCGACCCGUCACGUGACCAAUGGAGUCGACCUUCAUGUUAACCUGUUAGAACAUUUCUAACUGCAGCUGAUUCAGUGCCUUUGUUUCCUGAUGAUUGAUCAUUGAUAAACCAGCAAAGAUCAAUAACUCACAUUUACUUCCUGUUAGCUGAGCUGCUCGGCACGAUUGUGACGUUCAGAGCUGCAUCAGGUUCAGCUCAGGUGUCUCAGUGACUCUGAAGGACCGACGAGUGACUCUGCCUGUAAUCUCUGUCAGAAUAAAACAUUUCCACAUCA